AUGUCUUUUCUGGUCGUCAUUCUCGCAGUAUUGAAGUGUCAUGGAUCUCUUUCACACCAAAAUUGGCGCAACCCUCAAGAAAGUAAUUGGCACUAUCGCCAUGACUAUGAUAAUCUGGAAGAUGAAAAUAAAAUAGUGUUCCCUGAACAUGACGACGACUAUUAUCCGACUGGAUGGGAAUAUACUACAACGACCAGAAGACCUCCAAAUGAUAAUAACAUCCAAAGCUGCGUGUCAUCGUGUCCCGUGACAUCAUUUAACCCAGUCUGUGGCACAAAUGACGUAACUUAUCAGAAUAUUGAUCAACUGCGAUGUGCUUUUCGUUGCGGGCUUGAUAUCCGUGUGAAACAAUGGUCUGCAUGCAACAUGGACACUGAAAGUCGGAGAAACAUCUUGCAAGCUUGCAUGAACAGGUGUCCUGUGACUCCAGAAUAUUUACCCGUAUGUGGAACUGAUAAUAUAACCUAUAAUAAUAUAGGGAAACUAUAUUGUGCACAGAACUGUGGCGUUCAAGUUCAGCUGAAACGCCGUGCGCCUUGUCCUACCAUGCCUAGUGAUUUGCCAACUACUGAAAGGAAUUUCGACAGAAUAUCUAAGUGUAUUUUGGACUGCCCAGGAACCUCUGAGUACAACCCUGUUUGUGGUACUGAUGGUGUCACCUACACAAACGAGGGAAAGCUUCAGUGUGCUAGAGAUUGUGGUGUAGACGUAUCAAUACGAGGUCGGACGUCUUGUUUUCUUCUAUCUUCAGUUACUCGAUCAACACCGACCACUGAAACUACAAGCGACUUUCCAUUCCCAAGCAUGACCACCCAGGCCACAAAUUUUACCGUCCCCCAGCAUAUUUUAGAUAUCAUCUUCACGAGCCCUUCCGACGAUGAUGACUACUUACCCAUCGAUCCGAGACGGGAUAAUGUUUCACAAAAAUAG